GCUCCGGACGAUGGAUCCACUACAAUUAAUUUGCAGAAUAGUUGUGAAGACGGAAUUGAUCUACUACAAAAUGGGGACAAUGGGAAAAUACCUUCAGUUCAAAAUCAUAAGCAUAAUGUAUUGAAUAUGAUAAAAAUCGCACUGCUGGUAGGUGUUUGGAUCUUAUUCACAGGCAUUCUGAUGUCGAAGGAUGAAAAAGUGUUGAAAUAUCAUCAAAUUUCAAUUCCAAUCGGCCAAAACAAAAGUUGCAUUGUAGAUGAAGUGCCAGUUGAGCCUCGAUUCGGUGUCAUAGUGUCUGGUGCGUUUGCCGAUGAGAACAGCAAUUCCACUAGUUUCCUUUAUAUUCAAGUUCAGUUGGUGCAUGAACAUUUGGAAGAUGGAUCUGACCAUUCGAACUCUUCGUUUGUUGUGUUCCACGACAAAACAAUCACCAUACCGAUUGUUGAAAAUAUAAACGACACCGACAGAGCAACAGAAGUGACAAAGUCGCACAUAUUCCACUUGGAUGCGGAAAUGUUUGAACAAAUCGGAUGGAAUGAUACAGUUUUAUCGCUUGAAAUUGCCACCAAUUUGCCGAAUGGGUUUCCGAUCAAUGUGGCUUUCGAUCCAACACCGAUGGACAAAUCGAUGGGAAUUAUUUACGCGGCAAUUAUAUUGAUCAGCUUGUACGUUUUGAUCAUUUGGGAAAUUAUUGAUCGAACAUUCGCAGCGAUGGUUGCAUCCACUAUGUCGAUUGCCAUUUUGGCAUUGAUGAAUGAACGACCCACAAUGCCGGAGAUUUUGUCUUGGAUCGAUGUGGAAACACUACUUUUACUCUUUGGCAUGAUGAUUUUAGUUGGUAUCUUGUCAGAGACUGGUCUCUUUGACUAUUUGGCAGUUUACGCAUUUAAGAUUACAAAAGGUGAACCUUGGCCUCUCAUAUACUGCUUGUGUUUGUUUACGGCAUUUCUGUCUGCAAUUUUGGAUAAUGUGACGACACUUCUACUGAUGGCUCCAGUCUCUAUUCGUCUGUGUGAAAUAAUGAAAUUGAAUCCGGUGCCGAUUCUAAUGUCUAUGAUCAUUUAUUCAAAUAUUGGCGGUGCGGUAACUCCCGUGGGCGAUCCACCAAACAUAAUCAUUGCUUCCAACUCACACGUUAUUAGAAGCGGCAUCAAUUUCUUAAACUUCACCAUCCAUAUGUUAAUUGGCGCUGUGUUUGUGAUGAUACAAACCUAUUUCCAUCUACGUUUUGUAUACCGCACCAUCAAUGAUUUACGUGUUUCUGAGCCAGAAGAUAUUACAGAGCUUCGAAAUGAUAUCGUCCUAUGGGAACGAGCCGCCGAGUCUCUUUCAUCUAGUUCAAAAGAUGAAGAUUUGGUGCGUGAAAUUCUCUUGAGGAAAAUCAACAGACUUCAGCUGGAGCUUAAACGGAAAAUUACAUGUGGAUCUAUCUCCACGGCAACCUAUAAACGAACGCUGGACGAUUUACAGAAAAAGUAUCCCAUUCGAAAUCGUGCUUUGCUUAUCAAAUCUUCGGUGGCUUUGACAUUUGUUCUGUGCUGUUUCUUCUUCCACUCGUUGCCAUACAUUGAACGACUGUCGUUGGGUUGGACUGCUUUACUCGGAGCUAUUUUAUUGCUGAUUUUAGCGGAUAGGCGUGACAUCGAGUCGAUUUUAGAUCGAGUUGAAUGGUCAACAUUAUUAUUUUUCGCUGUCCUCUUUAUUUUGAUGGAGUGUUUAGCAAAGCUCAGUCUUAUCGAAUGGAUCGGCGCACAAACGGAGAACGUUAUUCUCAUGGUCAGCAAAGAGUUUCGUUUGGCCGUUGCCAUUCUUAUUGUUUUAUGGGUUUCAGCCAUUGCAUCGGCAUUCGUGGAUAAUAUACCACUCACCACAAUGAUGAUUAGAGUCACCAUUUCGUUAUCAGAGAAAGCAGCCUUAAAUUUACCCUUGCAACCGCUUAUUUGGGCAUUGUCCUUUGGAGCAUGUUUAGGCGGAAAUGGCACUCUAAUUGGAGCUUCAGCUAAUAUUAUAUGUGCCGGCGUUGCUGAGCAGCACGGCUAUCGUUUUACGUUUAUUCAAUUUUUCAAAGUUGCAUUCCCUGCGAUGAUUGGCAGUUUAGUUGUAGCCAGUGGAUAUCUACUUGUUUGCCAUGUAUGCUUCACUUGGCAUUAAAUCAUAUUUCGAAAUUUUUAAACAAAUGCUAUGAACAUUCUGGAAAAAUGUUUAUAAAAUUUAUAUCAAUGUAAAAAAAGGAAAUAAAUAAUAAACAAUUUAUUCACAUAAUUCCGAGAAAUAUAAAAA